UACAUACUUCGCAACACCGAGGCCAUACAGUUUUGAUGCGACCACAACAACUUCCGAGCGUGAAGAAAACCCCGGUCUUUUUACCCAACGCAUACAGUUUCGCUUAUGAAAGGAAAUGAUUAUUUACUCAUGCCAUAAGAUAUGCGCUGCAACAAGCGACUACGAACUGAUGUUUACCGGUAUCCUGCGGCCUGUCCUCUCUUAAAGCAACCACUGGGCGCGCAAGGACUAGUAGCGUUGCUCAUGUAGUAUGGCUUCUGCUUGUGAGGUCGACGAUGUCGCGGGAGACUUGCUUCGUGUGGCAGCUCAGCUGCAGUGGUUUGCGGCAUCUGUUCUUGGUCUGGAGCUCGACUAUGUGACGCCCGACUUGCAAGGAUUAUGUGGUUGGAUAGGAGCUGCAAAGCUUGAGGGUAAACACCCGGUUUUGAUACAUUUCCGGGAACCAAAUAGCCUUGCCGAUGCUGCUGCCACAGCCUCCCAAGCGCCCCCCGUUUCGUCGGCAUCAAACAGAAAUGCGACAGUAUCUCUGGCCAGGUACUUAGACGAGAUACCGGACGGAGUUUUAAACCCUACUAGUCUGUCGGGCGCAGCGAAUGGGUCCGCAAGUGGAGUGGCGGGUUUUCCGCGUUCGCCAAUCGCGCAGCCCGCAUCCGCUGCUGCAACCUUGCAGCCUGACCAUCCAAACAUCGCCGUUCUCCUUGACGCAACACAAGCUGGAAUCCUACCGUCUGGCGAGAACUCGGGCACGGGCGGCGAUGGUAAUAGCAGCAGUGGUUGCAGCAGGAGCAACGGAGCUUCUUGUGCGCCCUCAAAUCAUGGCGCGCAUUCCAGUUGCACGACACCUCCUCCCACCUCCCCUUAUCCUCACCCACCGUUACGGCCGUCCCUUGGCAUCGCUUGGCACCCGGGUUGCAGCCUUGCAGACUGCCUGCGCAAUCCGGCAGCGGCGGCCGCAUGUGGGUUGUACACCCCCCGCGGGGGCGGCGGCAGCAGCAGCCCUAGCGCAGUAGCAAGCGAGGACCAGUUCCUCCGCUUCCUGCUGCUGCAGCUGGUCGCAGCGGUGUGCCACGUUCACGCGCUCGGCCGGCCGGUUGGGGGCAUCAGCACAGCCACCAUGCUGCUGCAGCCGGCCGGGUGGGUGCAGCUGCUGGCGUCCCCGCCACCACCGCCCCCGCCCUCAGGGCUAGCAGCAGGGCAGGACGAGCGACUGCAGCAGGAACCGCCGCAGCAGCUUCGGCAGCCUCUGCAGCAGCAACAAGCAGCGCCCCACCUUGCAGCAACCAACCAUCAACCUGUACCCUGGCCAGCAGAUGGUCAUGCUGCUCACCCUUCAGCCUCCUCCACCCCGCCGCCGCAGCACCUCCUCCCGCCCGUUCCUGCACUCCCCCGGCUGCCCGCCUACCUGCGCCCCGCACCCCCCACCCUGCCCGCCCUCACCCUCGCCUGGCAGCAGCACCAGCUCUCCUCCCUGGACUAUCUGCUGUUGCUGAACCUCAUGGCGGGGCGCCGCCUGGGGGACCGCACCCUGCACCCCUUCGUCCCAUGGGUCACUGACUUCACGGUGCCGCCAGCCGUCAUGCUGGGCCUUGUCCCGCCGCCGCUGCCGCCCUCGGCGUCCGCCAGUGCCGGUGCGGGUGUGCGCGCUGGCGGCGCCGCGAACCGCAGCACCGAGCAACUGAGGAGUGACACCGCUGAUGGCCGCAGCGAGGAUGCCCGCAUCGCAGCAGCGACAGUGUGCGUUAGCAGGAGCAGCAGCAUUAGCGGCGGCGUGGGAGGCGGGGUGGCAGGUGGCGUGGGAGGUGGCGUUCACAGCAGCAGCGGGGGCAGCAGCAGCAGCAGCGGUGGAGGCUGCGGCGGCAGUGGUGGCGGCAGUGGUGGUGGUUGGCACGAGCUGACUCAGUCGCGCUACCGGCAGUCCAAGGGGGACCUGCAGCUGGACAUGACGUACUCGACGUCGGAGGUGCCGCACCACAUACCGCAGGAGCCGCUUUCGGAGCUGAGCUACUGCAUCUACAUGGCGCGCGUGACGCCGCGUGCCGUACUGCAACGUGCCGUGCGAGCGCACUUUGAGCCCCGCGAGUACCCCCCCUCCCUGGCGGCCAUGAUGGCGCAGAGCCCCGACGAGUGCCUGCCGCAGCUCUACACCCACCCCGGCGUGUUCAGCUCCAUGCACCCGGAGCUGCCCGACCUGCAACUGCCCGAGUGGGCCGCCAGCGCGCAGGACUUCAUCGCAUGGCACCGGGCCCUCCUGGAGUCCGACCACGUCUCCAGCAAGCUGCCCGACUGGAUCGACCUCAUGUUCGGCUACAAGCUGCGGGGCCAGGCAGCGGUGGCGGCGAAGAACGUGUACCUGCCGCCGCAGCAGACCCCAACCCAGCAGCAAUCUCCAGCAUCGGUCUUUGGCAGCGGUGGGAGCGGCGGGGAUGUGGGACACGGCGGUGGCAGUGCGGGUUGCAAGCCGCAUGCGAUGCUGCAUGCGGGCUGCUCGCCGCCGUACGCGCCGACUGGCAUGCAUGCGCCGCUGUUCCUGACGCCACAUCCUCCGCGGCGACCACGACCCGCGUCACCUUUCGGGGCGUCCUGUUCGUCUCGCUGGCUUCCGUCCUCAGCAAGGCAGACGCAAGGGGUAAAGGUGCAGGGUUCUCCGCGCCGUGCAGCUGCAUACGCGGCUGCUGCAGCAGCAUCAACACGACAUCCGAACCCGAGGAUCCGGCCAAGCCAGCCAACAACCCCCGCAUCCGUGUACACGGUGACGCCACACACUUCCUCUCUCGGCGCCAGCAGCUCUCAUGCCAGCACGAGUGGCAACGGCACCAGCUCCGUCCCCCCUCCUCCUCCUCCCUCUUCUCUCCCUCCCCCGCCGCUGCCCUCGCUGCUGACCCCGCUGGACUCCCUGGAGCUGCUGGCGGCAGCAGCGGGGCGCGAGGGCGGCCUGGCCCUCCACACAAACUACUUCUCCGUGCCGAGCGCCGCGUUGCAUGGUGAGGAGCAAAGGGGAGGAAGGGGGGGCGGCUGCCAUGCCGGUAAUCCGCACCAGCGGCGGCGGCGGUGGCUGGGGAACCCCGCGGGCCCCUGGCGCAGGUUCCGCCAGCGGCAGCAGCAGCAGCGGCAGCAGCGGGGUGGCUCGGGCACCGGGGCCCAGCAGCUGCAGCAGCUUGCAUCGUUGUCACCGCAGGCGCCAGAGGGG